UUCAUCCAAUGGAGUACAUAUUUCAAUAUCUAUCAUGUUAUAAAAUAACUUACAAUUUUAUAGUAUCGAAAAAUUUAAAUAAAAGCGAACUUUUAUACCUGCAGAAAGAAAAUAACACUGAUAAAUGAUAAAUAUACGAAAGAAAGAGUUUAUUAUAAAGAGGGAGAAGAGAGAUGAGGUGCGAGUUACAAAUGAUCGAAAUCGAUCGUUUAUAUAAAAGUAAAAAGUAGAAGUUACUAUGCGUGCACAGUGACAGUGGACUCCACAUGAUUUACAUUCACGUAACUUUCGUCAAAUUUGGUGCGUAUAAUAUUGACGUUAUAUUUUCUCACGUUUGUAACACUCCUCCUUGAAGACCAGUGUCAUUGUGGCCUCGUUAAAAACAUUUCUAGGAAAACCCAAUGGAAAAAACCGUAGUUAGGUAAAAAGAGUACAACCACGUAAGCUCCCUCUCGAAUUAGGAGUUAUAAAUCAUUUUGAUGACGCAUUCCAAUGUUAUGGACAUGUUUUCUAAAUACAGAGGUAGGAAGUGAUUUUGUGAAGAGGUUGGCUGCAUUAUCGCAUGAUCGGACAUAUGUUACUUUAAUCUCUUUCUUCUUCUCGAGCUCUUGAGUGUAUGAAAAGAACUUCAGAUGUAUAUGUUUCGUUCUAUCAAUUUUGAUAUAUCCUUCUUUCGUUUAAGCAACACAUGUUGCAUUAUCUUCAUAUAUAAUAGUUGGCUUUGUAUUUCCGUCAAUCCCACUGCUUGAACAGAUGUGUCGGCUUAUUGAUCUUAGCCAAACACACUCUCUACUUGCUUCAUGGAGUGCGAUGAUUUCAACAUGAUUUGAAGAGGUGGCUACGAGCGUUUGUUUCUGAGAACGCCAAGAUAUAGCAGUGCCUCCAAUCGUGAAAAUGUAUCCUGUUUGCGAUCGGGCUUUGUGUGAAUCUGAAAGAUAUCCUGCAUCUGCGAAACCAACCAUUUGACCUUUUGAACUUUUAGGAUAAAACAAGCCUAAAUCAAUGGUCCCUUGGAGGUAACGAAAACUAUGUUUAAUCCCAUUCCAAUGUCUUCGAGUUGGAAAUGAGUUGAAUCUUGCCAAAAGAUUUACAACAAUUGAUAUCAUGUCGUGUACAAUUUGCAAGGUACAUUAGCGCUCCAAUUGCACUUAGAUAUGGUACUUCCGGACUAAGUAUCUCUUCUUUCUCCUCAGGUGGUCGAAAUGGAUCACUUUCAAUAUUAAGUGACCCAACGACCAUCGGGGUGCUAAGAGGAGUUGAUUUAUCCAUGUUAAAUCGUUUCAACACUCUUUUAAUGUAUGUAGACUGAUGCACAAAUAUACUAUUUUAUGAAUGUUCUAUUUGUAGGCCAAGACAAUAUUGUGUCUGUCCAAGAUCUUUCAUCUCAAAUUCUCCUUUGAGAUAGUCUGUUGCCUUUUGUAUUUCCUUUUGAGUUUCGAUAAUGUUAAGAUCAUCAACAUAUAUUGCGAUUAUUACAAAUCCGGAUAUUGUUUUCUUGAUGAAAACACAUGGGCAUAUAGGAUCAUUCAUAUAUCCUUCUUUGGUUAAAUGAUCACUGAGACGAUUAUACCAUGUACGUCCAGAUUGCUUUAACUCAUAUAAUGAUCUUUGCAAUUUUAUUGCACAUAGUUCUUUAGGUUUGGAACUUAAUGCUUAUGGCAUUUUAAAUCCAUCAGGAACUUUCAUGUAUCAGUAUCUAAUUAUCCAUAUAGAUAAGCUGUAACAACAUCUAUGAGACGCAUCUCUAGAUUUUUGUCAGCUGCUAGACUCAUCGGGAAUCUAAACGUGAUUGCAUCCAUAAUUGGAGAACACGUUUCUUCAUAAUCGAUUCUAGGUCUUUGAGAAAAAUCUUGAGCCACUAGACGAGCUUUGUAUCUGGUAAUCUCAUUUUUUCUCAUUUUGCUUUAUAAUGCAUAGAUACAUUAAUCUCUUUUCUAAAUUUAAAUAAGAGGAUGGUUAUAGAAUCCUCUUAUUUAGAAAAUUAAACAACCAUUUGAUCAAGUGCAAAGACACAUUUCCUUUUUGAGAACCUGUAGUUUCUAACAUGUUCCAUGAUUUGGGUGCUGGAGCACUAAUCGUCGUGUCUCCAAAGAUGAUAUCGAAGAAGCUUCCAAAGCCCUUAAUGAUGUAUGUUGGUAUGUGCCCAAUCUAAGUAAUUAAAUCGCACUGAGGAGAGUACUUAUAUUGCGUUGCCAAGAUUGUUUAUUUCAUUUGGCUAUGGUUGUAGUUUUUAUUUCAUUGAUCGUUUUUAAUAACGAAGUUCUUCUAUUGAUUCUCUAGAGUUGUAUAAUUGUCAAGUUACCACUAUGCAUCCGACGAUGCAAAAAACAAUAUAUCAAUAUUUAGUUCAUUAACAUGAGUUAUGAACUAAUAAGUUCACAAGGUCCAUUCCAUGGGACGAGACCCACUAAUAUACUCUCACAUUACAUGAAUUAUUAGAAGACAGAAACAUGGGACAAUGACUUGUGAGUUUGCUACUCUGAACAUUAAUACACCUUGUAACCACAGACUGCGAUACAUGCGUGAAAGCAUUCAUGAAAUUUUUGAAACAGAGGAUAUGCUAAACGAGUUAGAUACGGUACAAUUCAGUCUAUAGAAAGAAUGGAUACCUCAGAGUAGCUCUAUUGUCGGUCUUCUACGACAUAAUCUUUGUCGCAUAUCUCAUUACAAUCUGAUACACCUAUAAAGAUGCACACUAUGACACUAUCACACCAAUUCAUUAAGUUGGAAAUUAAACCUGAAAAAGAGAAUUAAAAUCUUGAUACAUAAUGCUCUUUAAAAUUAAGAAAAAUAUAGAAAUAUAAAUUACUACGUGUAAAGAAAACAAACAAAAAUCAUUAUUUUAAUAUGUCCAAAAUGUAAUUUUAUAGUUAAACUAAGUUAGUAAUUAAAAAGACAAAAUAAAAAUUAUUAACAGUUAAAAGAUCAUAUUAUAUGCUAAGAAAAAUAUAAUUUUAAGUUAUGACGAUUAAAUUAUUGGAUGUUCUUUUUAAAAAUUAUUAACAGUUAAAUUAUUGGGUGUUCUUUUUAUAUUUCAGUCAUUUAACAUAUAGCUUAUAAUCGAACCGGUCGGCUACUGAAUCGAACCGGUUAUUACAAUAAACAAGCAAACCGACUCUACCUCCGAGGUCCUUUAUAAGCCACUUAAACUCACAAGUCCCUCUCAUUCUACGCGUCUCAUCCAUUCGUCGCGCUCUCUCUCUCUGCUUUGUUUAAAGAUGGAGAACACACAGGACCAGCCUUACAUUGAUCACGACGAGGAGAUUACACCGGAGGACGCAUGGACCGUCAUCUCAGCCUACUUCGAAGAGAAAGGUCUCGUUCGUCAGCAGCUCGAUUCGUUCGAUCAGUUUAUUCAGAACACUAUGCAAGAAAUCGUCGAUGAGUCGUCUGAUAUCGAGAUCCGAUCUGCAUCCCAGCACAAUCCUGGCCACCAAUCCGAUUUCGCCGAGACAAUCUACAAUAUUAGUUUUGGACAGAUUUAUCUGAGUAAACCCAUGAUGACGGAGUCUGAUGGAGAGAUGGCCACCUUGUUCCCUAAGGCUGCAAGGUUGAGAAACCUCACCUACUCGGCUCCUUUGUGUGUCGAUGUUAGCAAGAGAGUUACUAAGAAAGGGCAUGAUGGUGUGGAAGUUACGGAGACUCAGGAUUUUACCCAAGUUUUCAUUGGAAAGGUUCCCAUCAUGCUCCGGUCUACUUACUGUACCUUAAACGGGAAUUCGGAGAAAGAUUUGACAGAGCUUGGAGAAUGUCCGUUUGAUCAGGGCGGAUACUUCAUUAUUAAUGGCAGUGAAAAGGUUCUGAUUGCUCAAGAGAAGAUGAGUUCGAACCAUGUUUAUGUCUUCAAGAAGAGACAGCCGAAUAAGUAUUUGUAUGUCGCUGAAGUCCGUUCCAUGGCGGAAGACCAAAAUAAACCUCCGAGCACAAUGUUUGUGCGUAUGCUCUCUGGCUCGAAAGGGGGUUCAUCUGGACAGUUUAUUCGAUGUACUCUUCCAUAUAUCAAGAAAGAAAUUCCUAUUAUCAUAGUAUUUCGUGCGUUGGGAUUUGUUGCCGAUAAGGACAUAUUGGAACGUAUAUGCUAUGAGUUUGGAGAUACUCAGAUGAUGGAGUUGCUCAGGCCUUCCUUGGAAGAAGCUUUUGUGAUUCAAAGUCAGCAGGUUGCCCUUGACUAUAUUGGAAAACGUGGUGCGCCUGUUGGUACACCCAAGGAAAAGAGGAUAAAGUAUGCGAAAGAUAUCCUUCGGAAAGAAAUGCUUCCUCAUGAAGGAGUUGGGGAAUCUUGUGAGUCGCAUAAAGCUUACGUUUUUGGGUAUAUCAUAAACCGACUGCUGCGUUGUGCACUUGGCCGAAAGCCAGAGGAUGAUAGGGAUCACUAUGGUAACAAAAGGCUGGAUCUUGCUGGUCCUUUACUUGGAGGGCUGUUUAGAAUGCUUUUCAGAAAGCUGACGAGGGACGUGAGAUCUUAUGUUCAGAAGUGCGUUGACAAUGGCAAAGAAGUCAAUCUUCUGUUUGCCAUUAACGCUAAAACAAUUACCUCUGGCCUGAAAUACGCUCUUGCUACUGGGAACUGGGGCCAGGCAAACGCUACUGGCACAAGAGCUGGAGUCUCUCAGGUUCUAAAUCGGUUAACAUAUGCCUCCACUUUGUCACAUCUGAGGCGUCUCAAUUCUCCUAUUGGGCGUGAAGGAAAAUUGUCAAAACCAAGACAACUGCACAACUCACAGUGGGGCAUGAUGUGCCCUGCUGAAACACCUGAAGGACAGGCUUGUGGUCUAGUGAAAAACUUGGCGCUCAUGGUCUACGUUACAGUUGGGUCAGCUGCUUCUCCCAUCUUGGCAAUUUUGUCAGAUUUGGGAACUGAGAAUCUUGAGGAAAGCUCUCCAUCAGUUAUACCCAAAGCUACAAAAAUAUUUGUUAAUGGAGAGUGGGUUGGAAUUCAUCGAGAUCCUGACAUGUUGGUGAAAACGUUGAGACUUUUGAGGAGAAGCAAUGGCAUUAACACUGAAGUUAGCGUUGUUAGAGAUAUUCGUCUGAAAGAGCUCCGGAUAUACACUGACUAUGGUCGCUGUAGUCGUCCCUUGUUUAUUGUGGAUAAUCAGAGACUCUUAAUAAAGAAGAAUGAUAUAUACGCUCUGCAACAAAGGGUAAGUGCAGAAGAAGAUGGUUGGCAUCAACUACUUGCAAAUGGGUAUAUAGAAUACAUAGACACAGAGGAAGAGGAGACUACUAUGAUAUCUAUGACUAUCAAUGAUUUGGUUCAUUCUAGGCUCUGUCCCGACGAGGCAUAUUCUGACACUUACACACACUGUGAGAUUCACCCUUCUUUGAUAUUGGGCGUGUGUGCUUCAAUCAUACCAUUUCCUGACCAUAAUCAGUCACCCCGUAAUACAUACCAAUCUGCUAUGGGAAAGCAAGCAAUGGGAAUAUAUGUCACCAACUACCAAUUCCGCAUGGAUACCUUAGCUUAUGUUCUAUAUUACCCCCAAAAGCCUCUGGUCACCACAAGAGCUAUGGAGCAUCUUCACUUUAGGCAACUUCCCGCAGGAAUUAAUGCUAUUGUUGCCAUUUCUUGCUAUUCUGGAUAUAAUCAAGAAGAUUCUGUCAUUAUGAACCAGUCUUCAAUAGAUCGUGGUUUCUUUCGAUCCUUGUUCUUUCGGUCUUACAGAGACGAGGAGAAAAAAAUGGGAACCCUUAUCAAAGAAGACUUUGGGCGCCCAGACAGAGGAAAUACACUGGGUAUGCGACAUGGUUCGUAUGAGAAACUGGAUGAUGAUGGUCUUGCACCUCCUGGUACUAGAGUUUCAGGUGAAGAUGUAAUCAUUGGGAAAACCACUCCAAUAUCUCAAGACGAGGCUCAAGGACAAACAUCACGAUACACCAGACGUGAUCACAGUUUAAGCUUGCGUCAUAGUGAAUCUGGCAUGGUGGAUCAGGUGUUAUUGACCACAAAUGCAGAUGGUUUGAAGUUCGUGAAAGUGAGGGUUAGGUCCGUUCGUAUUCCUCAAAUUGGAGACAAAUUCAGCAGUAGACAUGGUCAGAAGGGAACUGUUGGCAUGACAUACACACAAGACGACAUGCCUUGGACGAUUGAAGGUGUUACUCCUGAUAUAAUCGUGAAUCCACAUGCUAUCCCGUCUCGGAUGACAAUUGGACAGCUCAUUGAGUGUAUCAUGGGAAAAGUGGCAGCUCAGAUGGGUAAAGAAGGAGACGCCACUCCCUUUACAGAUGUCACGGUGGACAACAUAAGCAAAGCUCUCCAUGAUUGUGGGUACCAAAUGCGUGGAUUUGAGAGAAUGUACAAUGGUCACACAGGCAGACCACUCCCAGCGAUGAUAUUCAUUGGACCAACCUAUUACCAAAGGUUGAAGCAUAUGGUUGAUGACAAGAUCCACUCUCGUGGACGAGGUCCUGUGCAAAUCUUAACAAGACAACCGGCUGAAGGACGAUCCCGUGACGGUGGACUGCGUUUUGGAGAAAUGGAGCGAGACUGCAUGAUUGCUCAUGGUGCUGCUAGCUUUUUGAAAGAGAGGCUGUUUGAUCAGAGCGAUGCGUAUAGGGUACAUGUGUGUGAAACCUGUGGGCUCAUCGCCAUUGCAAACCUGAAGAAUAAUACUUUUGAAUGCAGAGGUUGCAAGAACACAACAGAUAUUGUUCAGGUUCACAUACCAUAUGCUUGCAAAUUACUGUUUCAAGAGCUUAUGUCAAUGGCGAUUGCGCCACGGAUGCUUACUAAAGACGUGAAGUCAGCUUAAGGCAGGAAGUGACGAGCUUCCUUUUUCUCUUUGGCUCUCGUAUCUCUGUGACAAAACUAUAACUCAAACUUGUGUAUCGUUCAUUUGGUUUCUGAAACUAGAAACUAGAGAGGUAUAUGUUUACCAAAAAAAAAAAAACUAGAGAGGUAUAUGAUACUGUAGAAAUUAUUAUAUUCAAUUGUCAAUGAAUCCAUGACUUCACCUAA